GUUAAAACAUUACAUCUAUUGAGAGAAGUAUGAGGGGAGUGGCAGGCUGAACAGAUGGACAAAGGCUGCCUGUUCAACAUACACUCUGCAAACCUCACAUUUUCCUUCUUCGCCUGUCAUGGUGCUAACCUCAGUUCUCGAGAUUCUCGAUUUUAGAGGACUACUGCUCUCCGUAGUGGCAUUUCUCUUGGUGGCAGACUAUGUGAAGAACAGAAACCCACCAAAUUACCCACGUGGCCCUUUCUCUCUUCCACUCCUAGGAAAUGUCUUCAACGUUAACUCGAAGGAGCCGCAUAUAUAUCUGACAAAGCUAGGCCAUGCCUACAACAAUAUAUUCAGUCUGCGAUUAGGCAGAGACAAAGUGGUCUUCAUCACUGGUUAUAAACUGGUGAAGGAGGCCCUGGUGACUCAAGCUGAAAACUUUGUGGAUCGGCCCUACAGUCCAGUACAAUGGCGAGUCUACUCGGGCAAUGCUGGACUCUUCUUCAGUAAUGGUGAAAUGUGGAAGAAGCAACGACGUUUUGCUCUGUCAACACUGAGGAAUUUUGGGUUGGGAAAGAAAACAAUGGAGCUGACCAUCUGUGAAGAGAGCCGCUUCUUACUAGAUGAGAUUGACAAACAGAAAGGAGGCGCUUUUGACCCAACAAUCCUGUUCAACAAUGCGGUUUCCAAUAUCAUCUGUCAAAUGGUGUUCGGCCAGAGAUUUGAUUAUGCAAACCACCAAUUCAGGACAAUGCUAAAAUACAUAUCUAAAAGCAUUCAAUUAGAGGGGUCCAUUUGGGGACAGCUCUAUGAAGCAUUUCCCGCCAUCAUGAAGCAUCUUCCUGGGCCACACAAUGACAUGUUCAGUAACUACAAAUUAUUGCAAGCCUUCGUUAAAGAGGUUGUUGUCAAACACAAGGCUGAACUGGAUCCCUCAGAGCCUCGAGACUACAUCGACAGCUUCCUAAUUGAGAUGAUGAAGAAGCCACAUGAAACAACAGAUGGUUUUGAUGAAGAGAACAUCAUUCCAUGUGUUCUAGACCUGUUUCUGGCCGGGACCGAAACUACAUCCACUGCAUUAUGUUGGGGUCUCAUAUACCUCAUCACUUACCCAGAAGUACAAGAAAAAGUUCAGGAGGAGAUCGACAGAGUGACUGGACGCUCAAAGGAGCCGAGUAUAGCCGACAAGGCUAACAUGCCCUACACUGAGGCUGUCAUCCACGAGAUCCUGAGAUUCGGAGAAAUUGUACCAAUGAAUGGCUUGCGGAUGGCUGACAAAGACACAACCCUUGGAGAGAGCUUCAUCCCAAAGGGUACAGCAAUUUUACCCAUACUGCACUCUGUUCUCUUUGAUGAGAAUGAAUGGGAGACACCCUACGAGUUCAAUCCUGGGCACUUUUUAGACAAAGAGGGCAAGUUUGUGAGGCGGGACGCAUUCAUGCCCUUUUCUGCAGGAAAGAGGGUCUGUUUGGGGGAGCAGCUCGCGAGAAUGGAACUCUUCCUUUUCUUUGUCAGUUUGUUCAGAAAAUUUCGAUUUUCAGCAGCAGAGGGUGAGAAACUCAAUCUUGAUGGAGUGAUAGGAGUAACACGCACCCCACACCCCUUCAAGAUCCAUGCAACGGCACGCUGAUUCUAUUAUACCAAUAAAUCAACAAUAUUAUAAACCAAUUUAAUACUAAUGUCAUUGAAUAUGACAAUGUAUGUUUAACAUCAGUGAAGAUGAUGUCCUUUCUUUUGCAGACUCAGUAAAAUUUCAGUAGUUCUCGAUUAAUUAAUGGGUGUGAGAGAAUACAUAUUUAGUUCCCAUAUGUCAAACAUGCAUAAACCUGCUUAGUAAUGCCUAGUCUAUAAAAACUAAUAGCGUGAUAGAUGAACAUUACAUUGCCCUAGAAAAAAAUAGAGAAAAGGUCACUGGAACAAGUUAAACAUUAUAGAAUCAUCUACCUGUUGGAACCAAUUUCAGAUUGUGGGGUCAAGGGGAUAAAGUUCAAGAUUUUUAAGGUGACAGAUAAUACAUAGCAACAGAAACAAAAGACACAUAAACAAGGUUUUGUCAUGAUAAUAAACAAUGUUGAAAUCCAUAGUCACGUCACAAUA